GCACACCCCAUCUCAGUGGGAAGCUCACCCAGUCUCCCCUUCCUUCCCUGGCAGGGAGCAGUUGUCAGCAUGGAGGAUACCACAGCCAUAGUCACCACAGACCAUUGUGCACCAGUCACCAAAGUGGCACAGCAGCAGGCCCCAGGUGAUGAGGAGGAUGAGGAAGCCGGGGGCUGGGACGUAGGAACAGAAAGCUGGAACCCACAGAGUGCAGGUAAACUCCCUGUGCUCACGCAGCCUGGGCUGGGGGUAACCACGACGACAGUGACCACCAUCACUCAGACGGGAGGGGACUGGAGCAGUAGCCUGUUCAACGUGUGUGGAGACAGGACCACAUGUCUCUUAGGGGCCUUUGUGCCCUGUUGCUUGGACCUGAGUCUGGCCCACCAGUACGGGGAGUGUCUGUGUCUGUGUCUGCUCCCUGGCUCCACAUUCACCAUGCGGGUGGGCAUCAGGGAGAGAUACAAGAUACGGGGCAGCGUCUGUGAGCACUGGACUACGCUGUAUGGCUGUUACCCCCUGGCCAUCUGUCAGAUGAUCCGAGAGAUGAAGAGGAGGAUGAAGAACCAGAACUACCAGGUAUCCACUGCACUAGAGUGCUCCUGACAACAUGGCUGUCUGUGUACUGGGUUCAUUCAUCCAGGUUAAGACCACAUCUUAUUCAUAUUAAAAUAUUCAUGACCUAACCUUGGUACCUAUAACAAACUUUGCUUGUGGAUAGAACCUUCAGAGGCUCAUGUCAUUUCAUUUGUGCAUCACUGGUGUCUGCAUAUUACUAUGUCACAGAUGGAUGGAUGGAUAGAUGAUUACUAUGAUUACUAUUACAGAUUACUAUGUCACAUCCAUCCAGAUGGUGAUUAUUAAAGGUCUCUAUGGGGGGGGUCAUCAGACUACAGGUGCCCAUUUGGUUUCUUAUGAGAGCCCUCGUGAUCAUCCUAGGGUUUCUGAGGACAUCCCUGUUAAAGAUGAGUCGGCAUAUGUAAAAUAAAGUUGGUUAAGUUAAGAAUUAAGUUAAGAAUGUAUUUGGGGAUGGAGACUUGGAGUAGGCUUAGUAUUUGAGCCCAUGUAGUAUGUGGAACAUCAGAGCUACUUUACCAGACAAUGUUUCAUAAAUGUUUGUAAAGUAAAUUAAAUUCCUAACCAAGUGUAUGAACAAUCCAUGUAG